UGCCUUUAUUUGUUACAUAAACAGAAAACGUUAGGUAAUAUAAUCCACAAAGCGUGAGAAAGUCAUUGAGCAACUAUGAAUUGUUUGUUUCAUUAGGCAUGUGAUGUACUUAUUAUGGAGUUUAUUCUGAAAAUAGCUCUGGGUUUGUAAUCCUCGAGCUCCUCCCCAGGCUGCCUCCAGUGGGAUAAAACCUGCAGGUGUCAGACCAUCUAGAAGCUCACCGCAUCUCCAGGAUGUUUCCUCUACAGUUCCUCUACAACUUCUUUUACAUCGCUGUGGUCACAGACACUGAAGAAAAGAAGAAGAAAGUGGUCCAGUAUGACACCUCCAUGUACAAAAGAGGAGAUCUCCUAGAGGUCCCUCGAACUCUCUUUACGCAUUUCGGAAUCUAUCUGGGGAACAACCGCGUGGCUCACCUCAUUCCUGAUAUCCUGCCGGUCUUGACCACUGACGAGAAGGCCAUUGAGAAAAUGGUGACUAACAACCGGCUGAUUUUGGGUGUGAUAGCAAAAAAAGCAAGUGUCCGGGUGGACUCCUUGGAGGACUUUGCAUAUGGAGCAGAAAUUCUGGUCAACCACAUGGACAAGGUUUGCAGUCGGUCUCCGUUCGAGGGUGAGGAGGUCGCUCGGAGAGCCGAGAAGCUCUUGGGCUCCGUGGUUUACAGUCUGCUUUGGUACAACUGCGAGCAUUACGUCAUGUACUGCAGAUAUGGCACCAGCAUGAGCUUUCAGACCUACCAGUUCUGCAAAGUGGUACGCAAGAUUGUGUGCAGCAAAAGAAGUUGUCUUUUAAGCUUUUUGUUAUGCUUGUUCAUCAUGUUUUAUAUGGGGUCUGUGUCCAUCUUUGGAAUUGUAUCCACGUUUAUAAUCCCCUCCACUAUUUGGAUGGCAUCCUGAAAAUUAUUUAUUUUAUUUUAUUUUAUUUUUUCAUCAAUGAGUUCAAAAUAUUGUUUUAUUAACCUGGGGCACCUAUUGGACCACUGUAAAAAAUUGGUCCACUGUAAUAAAAAACAAAAAAUACAAAGAAAUAUACUAUAUAUAUAUA